CCAUCCAGACGCAUUCAGAGUGUCCAGUGGAAAACAGCGGUUCCUCACAGCAGCCAGCAGUGGACGCCACGAAGCUCACACAGUGUUCAGAGGGGGGCACCAGCCACACAGCGCAGAUCCAGCAGGCUCCUCCUUCUACAGGUCCUGCAGGAGAAAACAUUGUGCUUGGUGGCAAGAAAACGGCAGCCAGUCACGUGGAGAUCGGACUGAACAGCGAAGAUGAAAGGAGUCAGUUCAACUUCCCCAUCAAGGAUGAUAGGGGCAUCCUGGUGUGCUUGGCAGGCAACGGUGUGACACUGCAGAAUGCUGGGGCUUCGAUCCAGCUGGGCGACCCUCCAGCAGCCAACGGGCUGACGAGCGCUGCAGAGAAGUUUACCUCCACUGCUCCCUGCGCACCCAGCUGUGACGCUGCAGUGAACACUGAGGUAGAGAGCUGCACAGCAAAGCAGACCCAAACUGAAGGACCAAACACAUCCGAACAUAACGUCAUGACUGAGCUUCUUAUGUCCGAUCUGGACUACCUGGCUGACGAGUUGGUCAAACUCCAGAUGAUUCAAGGUCGCAAGGAGCCAAAGAAGAAGAGCAAAAGAAUGGACUGCUGCUGUAAGCAGCGCGCCCAGCAAGCAGAGCUGACCCUGCUCACCCUGCACUAUGAGCUGUGCAGGCAGCACGUCUGGAGGCUCUACUACACGUCCGCUGAGGGACACCUGUCCACGGCAAUAGCUGAAGACCUGCCACCAAACGUUGUGAAGAUCCUGCAGAAGUUGGAAACUGACUAUAACCUGAUGAAGCACCAGAUCCUGACGGGGGUUCCUCUGGGGCAGCUGAGUCCUCUGUGUGUGGAGUCUGAGAAGAUCACGGCAGGAGCAUGUUACGUCCCUGAACAGAUCCUUGGUGACCUGCAGGAAAAGACUCCUUCUUGUUCCACCCAGGGGACACAGAAGCAUGUAGGAGCUGGAGACGGUGGAGGUCCUGACGGGGACAGACAGAGCUGCCAGAAACCCAAACUGCUCCACAAGGAAGAUGAAGAGGACAAGGGAGCUGCAGCUCUUGUACCCAAAGAGCGAUUGGUUAAGCAAAUGGGCAUUGAGGAGGUGAACUUUAGUGAGGCGUGGUACGACGCUGAGGAGGAGCUGCAGUUGCCAGCACCGGCAGUAGACACGGCCGACAAUGCAGAAUCAGUCAGUGGUGAGAGCAGCAGCUCAGUGCUGUAUGUAUCCAACCUGCCUGGUCAUGUGACACAGAGUGACUUGAGGCAGUUGUUUGAGAGUUUCCAGCCGUCAGAAGUCAGCAUCUUCCCCUCAAAGAACGGCGUGAGAGUUGCCAUAGUGAUGGUGGAUGGCCCAGAGAUGGCUAAAGCUGCAGUCGGAGAGCUCAAUGGUCACAGACUGCACAGCCGUACCAUGCACGUCAGGCACCUGAGUGGAUCCGCUGUUGGGGGCCACACACCUGGCUCCACUUUGGGGUCCACGGCCCCGCAGGAUCCUGAGGCCAACUGGAGGCUCACUGAGAAAAAGCCGGUAAACCCAGCAGUCCUCAGCUCCAGCAUCCAAACCAGGAAGGUGGUGAGCAUCUUUCCCACCGCUAAGGGAACCUGCGUACCUCAGCACUUCGGCACCAUGGAUGGCCUGGACGCGCUGAUGGCCGAGCUCACCCAGCUCCACCCCCAUGUCGACCGCCAGACAAUCCUGGAUGCUCUGCUGGAGCUGAAGACCACACACCAGGGGGUCCUGGCCAGCCUGCCCCUCAGCACCAUCAGAGACAUGACCUCUGACCUGCUGACCAAAUCGCCUACUGCCACACAGAAUUAAGUGGAAAAGACUGUGCACCUCAGUUCAAGUUGUUUAUUUCCAAAUUAGCAGCAAUUCUCCAUUUUUAUUUGAAGUUUGUAAAGAAAAAAGAUCUAAGAUCAUUCAUGAGAAAUGCUGCGUCUUCAUUUUCUGUUGGGUUGCUUUUCUUCAGCAGUUAACAGAUGGAUGUUUGGAUCUAAUGUUUAGAUGUUUGUUCUUAUAAAAAGCUCACCCAUUGAACAAUAUUCUGUCUGAA